GAUGACCCCUGAGAGAAGGUCCUAGAGCUUUGAGGAGGGGAGUCUAUGAUGUCAGCACCUGACCUUUGUGACACAAGCACUAGAUGCCACGGAGAACUAUCCUCAGGAAAUGGAGCUCCCGGCUCCCAAAGGGGGCGGCCACGCCGCCCCUUAGACAAAGUUCCCGUCUCCCAGAGGCUUUCACCACCUGGCCCCACUGCUGCUGCUGCUACUGAGCGUGCCAAGCCAUCUUAGCUGGGGCCAGGCUGAGCCAGAGGACACCAGCAUUAGGGAAGCUAGGGAUUAGGGCAACCCGUGGACCAGGGGUUGGCAGAAUCUCUGAUUCUGCCAGGAUGCUGGCAGAAUCUCUGAUUCAGGUUUAGGAGACCAAAAACCUGUCACAGAAGGCCCCUGCCUGGCUGAAGGAGGAUCGAGGGCAAGGCUCAGACAGAAAUCUGGGUGAGAGUGAGUGUAGGGUAACUGAUGCAGGGGCAGAGGGGUGUAUCCACCAUUGCUGACUCUGUUCCUCUCUCUCCCAGGUCUGCUCAUCACUGAAGUGCCUUGAGAAACGCAGCCCAGAGGAACCCUCACUGCUCUCGCCUUCUCUGGAGAUUUAUGCCAGCUCUUCUGACCCCAGAGGUGACGUGGAUUUGGGAUCCUGGUGAACCAGCCAGCCUUGUACCUAAGCCAGAGCCAGAAACGAACCCGUGCUCCCAAUAUCACGGGCUCUGUUUCUUUCUUUACAGAACCUGUGGACUGUGUCUUCCUCCCUGGCCCUCCCAGAUAACUGCUGCUGCCCCUUGGCUCCCAAGAGGCUGUUCUGAUUCUCCAUCCCCCACAUCCCUCAUCAGUGGUGGACGGCAAAGAAGUGAGAGGCCGAAUUUAGAGCCAAGCUCCUCCUGAACACCUAGAGAGUCUGGUGCUACAGGUGUCUCUUUGGCUGGCUACCAACAGCCACACCAACACCAGGCUGGAGCCACGUUCCGUGCACAGAAGGCCCUGAUUUCUCAGCCACUUCUGGCCUCAGAGAUACUGGUCCUGCUUCCGCCCAGCCUCUCCUCUCUGGUCUUGAUGCCCCCGUCCUUUCUAGAUUCAAGGCAAUGUUGCCUCAAAACAAGGACCAGGUGCUGCUACAGAAAGCAGCAUCCCCUGGGCACCCCCCUCAGCGCCCCUCACAGCUUGUGGACUCUCUUCCCUGCAACCUCCAACCUCAGCCUCCCCAGCGAUCCCUCCGUCCCGGCCACCCACCCUGCUCCCCUCCCCUGCGGUCCCACUCGGCUGGCUCCCACUUCUACUCUUCUGACUCAAAUUCUGACUCUGUCCUACACCCCUACUCUUGCUCUCUCCCAAGUUCCCCCACUUUCUUUCAUCAGAAUUACCCGUCUCUCUCCCUGCCUUGUUCUUCCUCGCCCUCCCGCCUAUACCCCUCUCCUACUCUCACUCACUCCUCCUCUCCCUCUCAGCCCCCCAACUCUCUCCCUGGCUCACACUGCCGGUCUCCUUCCCAGCCCAAAGACUUGCCCAGCUCCACUCUCACCUGCUGGAGUCCCAGCCUACCUUCUCGUGGGGUCCUCUCUAACAGCCAGACAUGGCCCUCGCAUCAGUACAGGGACACCAGGUCCCGUGGGGUGGAGGGGGGGUGCGUGGCAAGCGAGAGGGACCCUGCAGAGUUCAGGGACCCAGGAGCCCUGGCCCAGGUCCUGGUGGUCCAUCUGGGGCACCGCCGUAUUGCCCACGACCUGCGGCUACUGCUUUUGCAGCGCCUAUGGCUAGGCAGAACCGGCCAGGCCCCCGUUGUGGAGUAUCCUAUAUGCUUGGUGUGUCUUCGGCCCCGAAGCCCCUCUUGCCCCAGCCCCAGGUACAGGACUGGACCCAGGCUGCUUGCUUUCCCCCAGCUACUGCCCUGUGCACCGGGCCAGGAAUCCGGACCACUCCGCAUAGGCAUUGGCUUUGGCCUUCGUCUGCCUCGGGGCCAGGCCAGGGCCUUGCACCUGUUGCCAGAAAGAAGGCCGGAGGAAGUAGGGUCUCAGGGCGAGGCUGCUCAGGCCCGUGGGUGUCAAGCCCAGGCAUCUCAGGCCCUAGCAGCUCAGGCCCGGGCAGACCUAGGCCCAGGAACCCCCUCCCAGCCCGGGAGCCUCAGGUCUGUAGGCCCUCAAUCACCAAACUCCAUGCAGUUUUCAGGGUCUCCAACUCAGGCACCCAAACAGGCCACUGUCUGCCUGAAGCCCAGGCCUUAUUCUGCCCCAAAGAGGCCUGCCUCUCCAGAACCCAUUCACGGAAGGCCACCACCCUAAUUCUGGACCCACGGAGGCUCCCUGGAGUGCCUCCUCUGAACCCCAUGGUCCCUGCCAGGCCCCAGAUCUCAGGGAGCCCCCAAAACACUCUGAAGGGCUGGCUGGCUGGAGCUCAGGUGUGUUCUCCAGUCCUGAACCCUGGAAGCCCCUUGUGGAGUCUGCUCUCUCCUGGCUGAAGGGGACCAAGCGCUCCUGAGGCCCCACUCAGCCUUCAGUGAAUCCAAUAAAGCCUGACCCUGCAACACUGGUUCUUGUGUCUUGCUGAGCAGAUACAGUGCAGGAGGGCUCUACCUUCAGGGGGACCAGAACCCAACAAGGGGUGGGGGAAGAGUCAAAGGAAAACAGAAGGGCCAGGGAGAGUGGAUGCCAUGAACCUGAGGAGGGCAAGGGACCCACAUGGAUCUGAGAUGUGCAGAGGGCUCUGUCAGGCCCUUCACACAAUUCAAUUCGGUGGACAGAUAAUAGCAUCCUUAGAGAUGAAGCCACUGGGCCCCCUCCUCUCACUGCACCUUAGGUUGUAAGGACUCAGGCCCAUGUGGCCAGGGGAGCAGCAGGAGGGGACUCCUUGCAGGGAAGGGCAGGCCUAGCGUUCACACGAAGAAACAUAGCACCCUUGAGGCAGAAUGUUAACUCAGGUAGUCAGUGUAGGAGCAUGGGCUUCCACGCAUUCUGUGAUAUUAACAUGUGUGGCUUAAGGGCUCCAGGGAGUAACAUCCCCACAGCCCUUGUUUAUUAUAGGGAAUGUACCUACCCCCAGAUGGACAUUAAUCCCUAAUCCCCCGUGACUCAGUUUACGGAAAGAAGAGGACAAAGAAACUCUGAGACUCACGGGACAUUUCCAUCCCUAGGACCCUAUUGGACAAGGACUGACAUACAUAACUAAGCAAGGCCAAUGGGAGAAGACCACAUCUCUCUGGG